AUGGCUUUCAAGUUGCCCUUUCUUCUUCUUCUUCUUGCUUUCUUUGCUCUUUCACUCCUUAUCACCUUGGAGGUAGCAGCUAGGGACUUGCCUGAGUCUUCCUCUAAUCAUGCUGAGGCAGAGACAAUGACACAUGGAGCGGUAGAUGAUGCCAAAUAUGGUUAUGGAGAUUACCCAGGGCGUGGUGGUUAUUAUGGCGGUGGUUAUCCUGGUCGUGGGGGUUAUGGCGGCGGCUAUCCUGGUCGCAGUGGCUACGGAGGUGGUUACCCUGGCCGCGGUGGCUAUGGCGGUGGCUAUCGGGGAGGAUAUUGCCAAUAUGGAUGCUGUGGCGGGUGGUACGGAGGGAGCUGUAGAAGAUGCUGUUAUUACGCUAGUGAAGCUGUGAAUGCGCAACCAAAUACCGAAACUCAUAACUAA